AUGGACAUAGGUCCUCCUAAUCAACCUAAGGCACCUCAAGCCUGUGUGGCCUGUCGGAAACAAAAGAGAAAAUGCGACAAAGCUCUUCCCAGCUGCUCACUCUGCAGCCGAAUGUCUCGAUCAUGCGAUUAUUCGGAAAGCAAUCCCCACCCGAGCGCGGAUGAUUUUGCCAUGAUGAGACAGAAAAUUGCAGAUUUGGAGGCCCGUCUUGAAGGUCGACGUUCUGAUAUGUUUUGGAAUGAACCCAAGCGAUCCAUCGGUAAAAGCCCCAACACAACAAAUACCGACUUUGGUUUGGCAAAUGACAACCGUCCCACAUUCCCGGCAGCAUUCUUCCUCGAUGCUGAAGUCUUCACUGAUGCCCACAUGACUAUUACCAAACCGGCACUUGCUGUUCCGUCCGAGAUUCUCGCCACUCUGGGAACUUCCAUGCUCGACAUUCAGGAUGUCGUGGAUCGAUAUUUUGCCAACAUUCACACCUGGCUGCCAUUUAUUUCCAAAAAGCGCAUGGAGUUGACCUUGUGCAAUCCGUCAAUCGAGCUCUCCCUUGAACUGGCGCUCUUAUUGCUUGCCAUGAAGCUUAUUAUUCAAGUGCCUUCAGGAGAUUCCCCCGGAAUCCGAUCGCCACUCUACACGCUCACCAAGCGGCAUUUCUCCAGGGCGGAAUCCGUCGGAUUGAUAUCUCUGCAGACAUUGCAGGCAAGCAUCUUGAUUGCGGCUUAUGAGAUUGGCCAUGCAAUAUAUCCCGCUGCAUAUCUGACUACCGGACAUUGUGCUCGGCUAGGACAUGCGUUGGGUCUCAAUGACCGACGACAUGCCCCUCAAGCACUCAAGAAAAAGAUUGGUGCUUGGGCCGAGAUUGAAGAGAUGAAACGGACUUGGUGGGCAACAAUGCUUCUCGAUCGACAUGUGAAUCUCGGUACUUGUGGUCACCCAUUGGCCACGGAUGAUCCUGCCAGGAAUGAUGUCCUCCCGGCAGAUGACGCAUUGUGGGAUGGAGGAGAGAUGACAACCAGUGAACCGUUAUACGUCUCUUCACCCACCAGUGUGAAAGCAGGAGCUUUUGCACGAACGUGCCAAGCAACCCAUCUGUUGGGUAGGCUUAUUCGUUUGCUCAAUGACAGGCUGCUUGAUGCUCCCUUGCGAUUCAGCGAAGCCAUUCAACUUCAUCGGACGCUCCAAGCCUUGGCUAAUUUAUUGCCAAGUGAUGUUCAGCGAUGGCCAAUGCGGUAUGGGACACCACUGGCAUUGUGCUACAGUGCCCUGAUUCACCUAUGCGAUCCAUUCACCUGUACAGAAUCGAAUCGAGGUGAUCAUACGGUGGAAGAAACCGAAAUGCAAGCCAUCGCAAUUGCAGGAUUGAGAUCGACAGCAGCAGAUGUUCUUCAAUUGAGUCACCUAUUCCAAAUGACCAUAACCGCAAAUCCCGCUGCGAUCAGCCCCCUCGUUGCCGAUUGCUUUUAUUCCGCCGCAGCAACUUAUGCUUGGCUUGUUCACGAAUCGGGAUCAAGGGAAAUGGCCGAGGCCUAUCAUCAGCUGAGAAAAGUGUUGGAUAUUAUGUCUGCGCGCUGGGCAGUGGCUAGUCAAUAUUUGGUCAUUCUUAACAAAGCGCAAGAGUCAUUCUACCCCGACACAUUACUCCUUCAGUCACCCGUCUGA